ACAUGAGUCCUCAUAAAUACUCAGAAGGACCGAGGAUACUUCGUUGGGAGUCCUUGGAACUCACUUCAUCCAUCCCGAAUAUCUUGAACUCAGAAACGUACUCAUACUCACACAAACCUACCAACAUGGCGCCAGACAUGAUGAAGGCCGCUCUGUGCAAAGAGCCCGGUCAACCCCUCGUCAUCGAACAAGUCCCCGUCCCAACACCAACAGGCCGUAACGUCCUGGUGCGUGUCCAAGUCGCAUCACUCUGCCACUCAGACCUGCUCAUCACCUCGCGCAAAGGUGGUCUCACCCAGCUUCCCCAAAUCAUCGGCCACGAAGCCAUCUCCAUCGUCGAGGCUCUAGGUCCCGACGCCGGACCCCUCGGCAUCAAACUAGGAGACCGCAUUGGGGCCCCUCUGUGGCAAGAUAUGUGUCUCGAAUGCUGGGAAUGCAAGAAUAUCGGGCCUCAAUACUGUGCAAAGAUGACCAUCAAGGGGGUUAACAAUGCUGGGUAUUUUGCUGAGUAUGCGCUCGUCGAUGCGGCGACGGCGGUUGUUAUCCCGCAGAUUGAUGGUGCUGGGGUUGUCUCUCCAGCGCAGUUGUCGCCUAUCUUCUGCGCAGGUAUUACAGUCUGGGAUGCGCUGGAGCGUGCACAGAUUAAACCAGGAGAAACGGUUGCUAUUGUGGGUGUGGGUGGGCUGGGCGAGAUUGCGACUAAGUAUGCGCAUGCACUUGGGGCGAGGGUUUUGGGAUUGGAUGUACAUGACGGACAGUUGGAAGGUGUUAGGGAUGGUGGGAGUGUGGAUGGGAUACUGAAUACGCGGGAGCUACAGCCUCAAGAUAUUCGGGCGAAAGUCGCAGCGAUGAAUCACGGUAAAGUGGCUGAUGCUGUGAUUGUUACAUCGGGCUCAGUUGCGGCAUAUCAAACUGCGAUUUCAAUCCUGAGGGUCGAUGGACGAUUGAUGGUUGUUGGAAUUCCUCAUGAGCCACUACCGCUUGAUAUGGGCCGAGUGGCGCUCCAGUCCAUUAGGAUCAUUGGAGCUAAAGUACCUGGGUCACUGGGUGCUAUGCGGUGUUUGGAGUUUUCGCUGAGGAAGGGGAUCUUCCCCAAAAUUAAUCCGAGAAAAUUCCAACUCGAGGAUAUUAACGAGAUGAUGGACCUCAUGAAAGCUGGGAGGGUGCACGAGGGGAGAAUGACUGUGCAAUUUUUCUAGGGUCUUGUAAGACUGCUUUCCCAGGAGGCAGCACAGAUAGCCGAGUCGAGGGCAUGGUGGAGGAUUUACAGUCGGACAAGGAAUGCUUGAGAUGAGAGAUCACAAGAUGAACACCUUUGAAAGCCAUGUUAGCGCUUCUAUUAGUGCAUAUGCACUACUUUAAUAUCAUAAAACAGUAGACACACUGUUCAGAUAUAAAAGGCGCUAAUUAGACGGCAGUAAAUCGAAAUUCCGC